GCGGCCAUCUUGGGUUUUCCGGACCGCGGCAAGUGUGGGCAACUAUUCAGGCGGGCGGUGAGGCUAUUGAGGACGGGCUGCCGGCAACAUGACGGACCGCUACAACAUUCACAGCCAGCUGGAACACUUGCAGUCCAAGUACAUUGGCACGGGCCACGCCGACACCACCAAGUGGGAGUGGUUAGUUAACCAGCACCGCGACUCGUACGCCUCCUACAUGGGCCAUUUCGACCUGCUCAACUACUUCGCGGUGGCCGAGAACGAAACUAAGGCCCGAGUCCGCUUCAACCUCAUGGAGAAGAUGCUGCAGCCGUGUGGGCCGCCACCCGACAAGCCUGAAGAGGCCUGAGGGACCUCUGACCCUGGGCGAGGGCAAGGAGAGGCCGAGGGUGAGUUGGAAACACCAGUCAACGAAUCAAACUUUGACUUGCAAACACCAGCAACCAUUGAGGCGAUACCAGCCAUUGUCCAAAUGUAAGAGCAGUUCUCACAAGAGUUGUCCUUGGCAGACUUACUAAACGAUGAAAAGCGUCCCUUUUAAAAUGUGUAACUUUCAAGAUGAACUGGAAUCACUGCUGGAGCUUCAGCAAGAUGAGACCACAACUGCAGUCCUCGUAUCCCUGCUGCACCUAAUAUCACUAUGUGGACCUUUGGACUUCAGAGAUAACCUCUUUGAGGUUUGUAUUUGGAUUAUCCAUCAAAAUCUACUGGUUGAUACUAGUGUGUUGAGGAGGCUGGGAGAAAAUUCUCAGUGAAUAAAAACACGGGUUAUCGUCUCUGUCUCCACGGAUGUUGCCUGACUCGCUGAGUUCACCCAGUGACUUAGAUUCUGCUCAACCAUCAGCCAACGAUUUGCCCGGUUAAUAGAGGCAACUGCCAAACUCUGCUGAAGAGCCAGAGGAGCUUUUUCUCACCAAGUGACCUUAACCAAAGCCCCUUCACCUUGUCCUGGCUUGCUGAGUCUCAACAGGAUGCGGAACAAAGAUGGUGUGCGUGGCAUGUCACAUGGAUUAACCGAUGUUUGCUUUACAAAUCGCCAUGCUUGAAAGAAAUUCUUCAUUAUUUCUGUUUAAGGGAUCUUUCUAAGUCCAUACUGACUUCUAUGUUUACCACAGUGAGUACAUUUGAAAAGGGACCUGAUUUUGAUGUAGUAAGUCGUGCUAUUUAAAUAUAGUACUAUUUCCCAAACAAAGGAAUGCAUGUGGCGUAGGAUAACAGACUUUGGAAUGGAACCCAAGCCACUCAGACCUCGAGCAGCCACUGGUCCACCUGCAGAGAGGGGUUGUGUUAUGACAGAGAUUUCCAGUGGAUGACUGGCUGGCUUUGGAACAGCAACGGCCCAGCAUGUGACUUUGAGGAGCCCCUCCCAUUCCAUUGCAUCGGCACAGAAGGUGGCCAUUCUGCCCAUUGAGUUGAUGCUGGCCUAUCGUUCAGCAGUGGGGGAUUUCAGGCCUGACGGUGCUGACUGUAUGCCAAGUGGCUGAACUGUUACCCAUAAUAUCGCCAUGUGAACCUCUCAGUAAGAAGCUUUAGUCUUUGGAGAUAACCUCUUCGUGCAGGAGGAGGCUUCCUUUGAGGGCCCCACAUGAUCUCAAGUUGAAACUCUUAAAAUGUGGUCUAAGCAAACAAUUUUAGUAUAAAGCUGCAGAAAUUUGUGAAAAUGAGGUUUGGUCAGAUGUUUGUUACUGGUAUAAUAAAUAGUUUUCAGUUAUUUUGA